AAGCGGAGGGGGCCGGGGGAAAAUGGCGCCCAGCUCGAAAUCGGAGCGGGGCGGCCCGGGGGGAAAGCGGGGCCCGGCGGGGGCGGCGGGCGGGUCCUCGGCCGGGUCGGGCCCGCGGGGCCGCCGCGAACACGUCGUGAGGCAGCUCGACCGCGUCAAGAUCAGCGGGCAGCUCUCGCCCCGGCUCUUCCGCAAGCUGCCCCCGCGGGUCUGCGUCUCCCUGAAGAGCAUCGUGGACGAGGACUUUCUGUGCGCGGGGCACAUCUUCCUCGGCUUCUCCAAGUGCGGCCGCUACGUCCUGUCCUACACCAGCAACGGCGGCGACGACGAUUUCUCCUUCUACAUCUACCACCUCUACUGGUGGGAGUUCAACGUCCACAGCAAGCUCAAACUGGUGCGGCAGGUUCGGCUCUUCCAGGACGAGGAGAUUUACAGCGACUUGUACCUGACGGUCUGCGAGUGGCCCAGCGACUCCUCCAAGGUCAUCGUCUUUGGCUUCAACACCCGCUCGGCCAACGGUCUCCUCGUCAACAUGAUGAUGAUGAGCGACGAGAACCACCGCGACAUCUACAUCAGCGCCGUGGCCAUGCCGCCCCCGCGCCACUGCCCCGGCUGCCGCGACAUGGCCCUGGCCCACCCCGGCGACCGGCAGGCGCACUGCCUGCGGCACGGCUUCAUGCUGCACACCAAGUACCAGGUGGUGUACCCCUUCCCCACCUUCCAGCCCGCCUUCCAGCUCAAGAAGGACCAGGUCGUGCUGCUCAACACCAGCUACUCCCUCGUGGCUUGCGCCGUCGCCGUCCACGCCGCCGGCGACGGCAGCUCUUGCCAAAUCCUCUACGAACGCCGGAGCCCGCCGGCGCCGUGCCGCCGCACAGGAUGCGCGUCGCCGUCGUCGCCGCCGCGGUCGGAGGAGCCGGCGGAGCGGGAGGGGGCCGCGGCGCAGCCCCUCGCCGGGCGGGUGUCGCCGGGGGCCGGGCAGGGCCGGGCGGGCGUGGGGCUCUCCCCGGCCGUGGCCAAAGCCAAAGAGUUCGUGGCCGACAUCUUCCGACGUGCCAAGGAGGCCACCGGGCCGGCGCCGGCCGGCGGGGGGGGUGAGGAGGAGGACGAGGAUCCCCCCGGCGGGACGGCAGCCCCCCCGGCGACCCCCCCGCCGCCCCCGGCCCCCCCUGCGCCGCCCCCGCGCCCCCCCCCCGAGCCCGGUUACGUCAACUACACCAAACUGCGCUACGUGCUGGAGCCCGGCGAGCCCCAGGAGGAGUACGAGGACGACAAGAUCUCGCUGCCGUUCGUGGUCACCGACCUGCGCGGGCGCAGCCUGAAGCCGCUGAAGGAACGAGCCACGGCGCAGGGACAGUGCCUGACGGUGGAGCAGCUGACGCUGGACUUCGAGUACGUCAUUAACGAGGUGAUCCGUAACGACGCUGCCUGGUCCCGCCAGUUCUGCUCCUUCAGCGACUACGACAUCGUCAUCCUCGAGGUGUGUCCUGAGACCAACCAGGUCAUCAUCAACAUCGGGCUGCUGCUCCUGGCCUUCCCCUCCCCCGACGAGGAGGGACAGCUCCGACCAAAGACCUACCACACCAGCCUCAAGGUCGCCUGGGACCUCAACACCGGCACCUUCGUCACCGUCAGCGUGGGCGACCUCACCGAGGUCAAGGGACAGACCAGCGGCAGCGUCUGGAGCUCGUACCGCAAGGGCUGCGUGGACACGGUGAUGAAGUGGCUCGUCCCCGAGAGCAGCGGCCGCUACGUCAACAGGAUGACGAACGAGGCGCUGCACAAAGGCUGCUCCCUGAAGGUGCUGGCAGACAACGAGCGCUACACCUGGAUCGUGCUGUAAGGGGGUGCCCCCCCCGCCCCCCCUGCCCGUUUUGGGGCCGUUUGGGGGGGUUUUGGGUUGGGGUUUUGUUGGGGGUUUUUUUCUCCUCCUUUUUCUGUUCAGUGUUUGUUUUAAUUGGGGGGUGGGGAGGAGGACCCCCACCCCCCACCCCCCAAUAAAUG